CCCGUGGGGGAGGCCAGCAUGUCGCUGCCGCCGGAAAAGGCGUCCGAGCUGAAGCAGCUCAUCCACCAGCAGCUGAGCAAGAUGGAUGUCCAUGGCAGGAUAAGAGAAAUCCUUGCUGAGACGAUUCGGGAAGAAUUGGCACCUGAUCAACAACAGCUAUCAACCGAAGAUUUGAUCAAAGCCCUUAAACGCCGGGGAAUCAUUGAUGAUGUGAUGAAAGAACUUAAUUUUGUUACUGAUAAUGUUGAUCAAGAACUCCCUUCCUCUCCAAAACAACCUGUUUGUUUUACUGACAGACAAUCAACGUUAUUAAAAAAAACUAAUAUUGAUCCAACACGGAGGUAUCUUUACCUUCAGGUUUUGGGUGGAAAAGCUUUCUUGGAACAUCUGCAAGAACCUGAGCCUUUACCCGGACAAGCUUGUUCGACCUUUACUUUAUGUUUACAUUUUCGAAACCAACGUUUUCGUUCUAAACCUGUUCCAUGUGCCUGUGAACCAGAUUUUCAUGAUGGCUUUUUACUUGAAGUACACAGAGAAAAUUUAGGUGAUGGAACUAGAAUGGCUGACUCUACCACAAUGUUAUCAAUAAGUGACCCAAUUCAUAUGGUGCUAAUCAAGACAGACAUAUUUGCUGAGACCACUUUAGUUGCAUCCUAUUUUCUUGAAUGGCGAUCAGUGUUGGGUUCAGAAAAUGGAGUGACCAGUCUUACUGUGGAACUUAUGGGUGUAGGCACAGAAUCAAAAGUUUCUGUGGGAAUUUUAAAUAUAAAACUUGAGAUGUACCCACCGCUCCAUCAAACAUUAUCUCAAGAAGUAGUGAACACACAGCUUGCUUUGGAACGUCAGAAAACUGCAGAGAAAGAGCGGUUAUUUCUUGUGUAUGCUAAGCAGUGGUGGAGAGAAUAUUUGCAGAUUCGACCCUCACACAAUUCACGACUGGUGAAGAUUUUUGCACAGGAUGAAAAUGGGAUUAACCGACCAGUCUGUUCUUAUGUCAAACCACUUCGAGCUGGAAGGCUUUUGGACACUCCAAGGCAAGCAGCAAGAUUUGUCAAUGUCCUUGGUUAUGAACGAGCCCCUGUUAUCGGAGGAGGAGGUAAACAGGAGCAGUGGUGCACUCUGCUGGCCUUUCUCUGUAGAAACAAGGGAGACUGUGAAGAUCAUGCCAACCUUCUGUGCAGCCUCCUGCUCGGGUACGGGCUGGAAGCUUUUGUCUGUGUCGGGACCAAGGCCAAGGGAGUGCCCCACGCAUGGGUCAUGACGUGUGGCACUGAUGGGACUGUCACUUUUUGGGACAGUUUAACAGGACACAGGUACCUCCACAAACCUAUCAACCCUGAUGAGCCUCCAGCUGCUGAACAGCCCAAACCAUUGUACCCGUAUCGAACAAUUGGUUGUGUUUUCAAUCAUCAGACGUUCCUGGGAAACUGUCAGCCCUCUGACUCAGUGGAAAGCUGUGUGUUUGAUCUGAAUGAUGAGUCCAAGUGGAAACCCAUGAGUGAGGAAGCAGUUAAAUCCGUGUGUGCUCCAGGGGCCACCACAUCCCUUCCUCCCUUCCCUCCGCUGUGUGCGUCCACAAUCGACGCUUCUGUGACAAGCAAUGAGAUAGAAAUGCAGCUCAGGCUGCUCGUGUCGGAACACAGGAAGGACCUUGGCCUCACUACUGUCUGGGAAGACCAGCUUUCUUAUCUCUUGUCACCAGCUCUGGCGUCUUAUGAAUUUGAGCGUACGACAAGCAUAUCUGCGGGCAAUGAAGAGUUUCAGGAUGCUAUCAGAAGGGCUGUGCCUGAUGGCCACACAUUUAAAGGGUUCCCAAUACACUUUGUAUAUAGAAAUGCGAGGCGGGCGUUUGCCACGUGUCUUCGGUCUCCUUUCUGUGAAGAAAUCAUCUGUUGCCGUGGAGACCAGGUGCGCCUGGCAGUUCGUGUGCGCGUGUUUACUUACCCUGAAUCUGCUUGUGCUGUUUGGAUCAUGUUUGCUUGUAAAUAUCGCUCAGUACUAUAGGACUAAGUUUCUAUAAGACUAUACCUAUGUUUUAUUAGAAUUUUACACAUU